GCCUGUGAGAGAUAUGCAUGUGAGAGAAGCAGCUUCGUCGCCGUUAAAUAUCACUUGGGCCGAAGGGAUAGCUCCUCUAUAUUCUCCGUAAAUCAUUCAUUCUUCGCCACAUUCCUUGGUCGCCAUGCCUAUAGCCACAACAAGAUUCGUCUUCUACCUUCUUUCCGCCUUCUCUGCUGCUAUCCUAUCUGCGUUUCUCAUCAUCCAUCAACCAUCACCCUUUUCUCUUUCUUCCUCUAAUCCCCUUUCCUUUCAAUCCCAUGCGCGCUACGGAUCCGAAACCGAGCGAGUUUGGCCCGAAUUGAAGGCGAGUUGGAGGCUUGCGUUGGCGACGUUGAUUGGAUUCCUAGGCUCGGCAUGUGGAACCGUGGGCGGGGUGGGCGGGGGAGGCAUUUUCGUUCCCAUGCUCACUCUGCUUCUUGGAUUCGACACCAAAUCGGCGGCUGCUCUCUCCAAAUGUAUGAUAAUGGGGGCAUCGGCAUCGUCAGUUUGGUAUAAUCUGAGAGUGCCACAUCCGACGAAAGAAGUUCCCAUAUUGGACUAUGAUCUGGCCCUUAUAUUCCAGCCCAUGCUUAUGCUUGGAAUCACUGUGGGCGUCGCCCUCAGCGUUGUCUUCCCCUAUUGGCUCAUCACUGUUCUCAUCAUUAUCCUCUUCAUAGGAACUUCAUCCAGAUCUUUCUUUAAGGGAAUCGAGAUGUGGAAGGAAGAAACUAUUCUGAAGAAAGAAAUUGCCAAGCAACAGGCGACCAUGGUGAAUUCUCGUGGAGAACUUCUAGUCGACACGGAAUAUGAACCGUUAAUACCCAAAGAAGAGAAAUCACCCAUGCAAAUUCUCUGCUUCAACCUUAGGUGGAAAAGGAUUUUGGUGCUAAUGAUUGUGUGGGUUUCUUUCCUGUUGCUUCAAGUCGUCAAGAAUGAAGUGAAGGCGUGCAGUGCAUGGUACUGGGUGCUUUUCUGCCUACAGUUUCCCAUCGCACUUGUGGUGUUUGGGUAUGAAGCAGUGAAGCUGUACAAGGAUUACAGACAGAGGAUAACUACAGGCAACCCGGAAUCCAUGAGUCAGGCUUCAAUAGAAUGGACUGCUCUUAACCUCGCGUUCUGCGCACUGUGUGGCAUCUUAGGGGGUACCGUGGGAGGCCUUCUUGGUUCUGGAGGUGGCUUCAUUUUGGGCCCUCUUCUUCUUGAGAUUGGCGUCAUCCCCCAGGUUGCGAGUGCAACAGCAACGUUUGUCAUGAUGUUCUCUUCAUCUUUGUCGGUGGUGGAAUUUUACCUUCUCAAGAGGUUCCCCAUUCCCUACGCGUUAUACCUGAUAUCAGUGUCUAUUUUGGCUGGCUUCUGGGGGCAAUUCGUGGUGAGAAAAUUGAUAGCAAUACUUAGGAGGGCAUCCCUUAUCAUAUUCAUUCUCUCUGGCGUCAUUGUUGCCAGCGCUAUAACCAUGGGCGUGGUUGGCGCUGAAAGUAGCAUUCGAAUGAUACGCAACCAUGAAUUUAUGGGAUUUCUGGGGUUCUGUAGCAGUCAAUGACAUGUAAAGAAUGAAGAGGGUAUAGUGAAGACCUUGUAAUUCAUGGAAAGAUAAGAAGAGCACUGGGGAAUGUUGGUCAACGUCGAGCUGACCAUCAUGGAAGAUCCUUGGUCAUAUGCAAGUGACAAGGACCACAUUGGCCCUUGUCUCGUGUGAAAAUUCGUUUGUAGAUUAUGUGUGUUGGCUCAGAACUGUUGGUCAAUUCCUAAUUGACCAUCAUGUACGGAAGCUUCUUGAUUGUUCCCCAGCAAUAAGGCCGCACUCUGCGUCUUCCCUUGUGUGAAAAUUUUAUUAUUCUGCAGAUUGAGUAUUAGGUAAGAUUGUUGGUCAUUGCCUAAUUGACCAGCUUCUGAGUGGAGAUUAGUUUGGUGGUUGAGUGUUGGCUACUGGCUAACACCUUCCUCAUUAUUGUAUUCUGUUUCCAGCUUAAAAAUUAGAAAAAAUAAAAAAAAGUGAAAAGUUAAUGUCUA